AACAAAAAACUUACGGACGAGUCUGAGACAAUCGUCGGCUUCUCGUUUCAAGUUAUUUGGUCAGUUGUGGCAGAUUGCGCGGGUAAAGGUUCAGUUGCUUUGUUACCACAAUUGAAGUGAGGCUAAUUUUUAAUUCGCCGUCAUAUAGUUUGGAUAGCAAGGUAGAAUGCGCUUUGGGCACGUUUGGCUGUGCUUUUUCCUUGUGACUCUGAGUUUUACUGCUGAAUUGAUUAGCUGUCAAAAUGAAGAAUUUGAUGUGAGCAGCCAUGAUCACGAAAGUGGUAACGCUCACCUUCAUCGUCAACGAAACCCCAAAAUUAAAGCCACAAAAUAUGAAAACGAGUUUGACAUUCACGAAAACGCCACAAUGCAUCACUCGGGCACAAAAAAUUCUGAAAGUCGCAAAACAGAAUCAUCUGGUCACAAAAGCGAAAAGAAACUUGGCAAAAAAGAUUCAAAACGUAGCCAUAAACUACCCAGACGCAAAGGUAAUCGUAAAGUUCAACGGGAAAGGCAGGAAGAGCAGGAAAGAGAUUGGCAUUAUUGUUCGGACGGACGGAGGCCUAAGCAAGUGGAAGAUCUGGAGAUUGAUGACCACGCAGUUGGCCAUAUGUGCAGGGAGCUCUACCCUACUUCGACUUGUUGCUUCGAUCAUGACUUGACAAUGGAAUUAGUCGGAGACAAGAUUUUGGAGCAAGUUCCAGAGAUGCAAUGUGCUAGAAUGUUGAUGAAACUACGAUGUGCUCACUGUUCACCAAGGUCAUGGUGGCUUUUCCAUGCACCAGACAUGGUUCGAUAUCCACAUAAGCGAGUAUUGCCGAUAAUGUGUCCAAGCUUCUGUAGGAGAUUUCAUCGCCUUUGUCGGGAUUCUGUGGCUGGACUGGAAGGAGAUAACUUUUGUCAAUAUCACACAACAAAUGAAGAAGGUCCUUGCUUCCCUGAUUCGUUCGUCAAGCGCGGAACGAUUGACUGACCUGGAUAAAGUUAUCUUGCAUGCAUCAAUUGCCACCAACUUUCAUAUUUCUUGGGGGUUGAAAAGAAGAAUUGUACAUAUAACCGUAGUUGACUAUUAUGUUUUUGCUCCAAACUACCUUAUAUAACUAUAAUUAGCAAUGUGGGUUGAUUUUGCGGAACUUUUGAGUAUCUACGACAAAUUACUAAGUGCAUACAA